AGCAGCCUUGACAUGCAGAAUGGUCCCACAGUGAACCUGGCUGACUGAUAUUCAGCCGUGUGCUGCAGGAAAAGAAGCUGUUUGUUACAGGAGAACCGCACAACAGGAGGGGAGCACGUCUGGUUGAAAUAACCUGUGAGUGCAAAUGAAAGCAGGGGAGAGAUAAUGUGGCAGAAAACAUCAUACUAUGAUCAAGUUAAAAAUCAGGAAUAUUCACCUGUAAGGAUUUACUUAAAGAUUUUCUGUUUUCUUUAGCGGAUGGUUGGCAUUACUUUCAAGACAGAUUGUUAACGUUGACAAGUAAAAAUAAAAGCAAGACUCUUUUACCUUUCUCCUCAUUUUUUCUGAACAUAUAAACUUGAAAAUGAAAUGAUCAACAUAUAAACCUCACGUUCUGUUUUGAGUUAGGUUUUGCAAAGUUGUUGACUGUGACCAUCUAAAAUGAGGUAUUCUUACCGAAAGCUCUACAAUGUGUUAUUCAGAUAUUGCAUGAGUUCCUGACAGGAGCUUUAAUCUAACUUUUACUGGAAGACACUGUUGUCAUUAUUCACCUGGCUGCAGGUAAGCCAUUCCCAGUGUUAAUGAAAUACAGCAACAGGAAAUAUUGUGCUCCUUGCCAUCUUUUUCUUCCUUUGCAGCCGUCUCUCUACUCAGCUGGAGUCUGUGCAUGAAAUAAACCCUUGUUUAUAAACUCCUGAUAUCUGUAUAAAGCCCCAAACAUCCCCUGACAAGAAAUAAGACAUACAUUCACAGAUUUAUGAUGCAUUAAUAAAUCAAAUCAGGUAAGGACAGACAUAAUUUAGUACGCUCUCUCCUUCCUGUCCUCCUUCGCAAUCACAGCAGUUUAGGUGUGGAUCGGUACUCCUUGUAUCCCAACAGAGGGGCGCCAGAAAACAGGACGACACAGGCUGGUCAGGCAGGUACCUUUCCCGACUUUGGGCAACGGAAAUGAAAAUAACUAUGUAUAUCAUACAGAACCAGUGGUGGAAAUGCACUUAAAAAGGAAAAUACCAACAAUAUAGUCUAAGAGUACAGCAUUUUGACUUCAUAUCUCGCACUAGGAGAAAUCAGAGGCCUGCUGUGCAUAUCACGAUUAAGAGCAGUACAUGUCAUUCUGCCAUUAGCCUCACUAAUGAGGCAAGUUAAGCCUCUCUCAAUAUUUGAUUUGUGCUUUUGCAGCUCUGUGUCUAAUCAUCUGGUGUGACAUCUACAUCUUAAAGACAAAAAUCAGAUUACAGGGUUAAAGUGUUUGGAUCCACAUAGAGCUUCUGUAGAAAUAGACUGCCGAAACUGAAUAAAAUAAUUGGACUGUGCUUUAUUUGUACUUGUUCCAAUCCUUAACAAAAUUUCCAGAUGUUUUUAGUCCCUCAUUGAUUUCAUGUAAAGUCAGCUCGCUGUUUGUGUUGUUCUAUCUGUUUUUGUGUGUCCUUUGCAGAGCACCACAACCUGCUGCUGUUACCUUUCAGCACAUGUUUAACAACAUAUGUUGUGUUACAUUGUGCUGACAUUAACAUAAAAUGUGAAGAAAGGUAGGUGUGUUCCCCCAAACACAAGGAGAUGUGAUGAAAUGACAGAUCCUUUAGUGUUUGUGAUGUAAAUGAGUGUAAUGUAUGUGUUAAGAUAACAGUCUGUUUGAUAAAUGAUGUGGAGGUUUCAGAUUUAUGGUCCAGUCAACACAAGAGCCUUAAUAUCCUCAAGAAGAAAGGAUGAAGUGCCAUACUUUUGGGGAGUUUAAAUCCCUGCAGACAUGCAUUCUUCAGAUGAUGCUCACAUCUCCAGUGUUAAUCCUUUUCAUUCACCCUGUUAACAAAACAAAACAAGCCUUGGAUCGUCUUUUCCAGCCCAUUGACGCCGCUUCGUGGCUGUAUUACCGGCUCAGUGUAGGAGGGGGCUGAGCACUGUGAUCACCUCUGCAGGACAGCAGCGCCCUGCAGAGUUAAAAGACCCCCAGGCUGAAGGGCCGGUGCGGGACCCUCACAGGCCGCCCCACGGUCAAACUGCAUGCCGCCCACAGAGACGCCUGCCCCGGUUCUCUGUUCCCUGCCAGGCCGCAGCUGAUUGAAGUGCAGCCGCCUGUUGGCCCCUCUCAGCGGGACGAGGGGAAGAGGAGCGUUUGGAAUAAUUAUUAUGUUACCGAGGCGUCAUUUACAACACAACUCGGAGGGGUUUGAUAUUCCGCUCACAUGUCAAAGACACCCUUUUUUCUCACUGUAGUUAAAAUUAAACUUUCUCACAAUAAUGGUUUUGUUUUCUCACUUCUCUCAAUCAACAAAAAAAGGCCAAAGGGUGACAUUUGGGUCGUGUCAAAAGGCUGAGAUGCGGACAAUAGACGUCGACAGAAACAAUGAAACACUUUGAAAGCUAUUACCAGCCUGUUACUUUUUGUCACCCAGCACGCUCCAGCCUUAUUUAUGACCCGGUCAACUCGAUUUUAAGGCUUUAAUUUCAAAGAAUAACCUUUCAAAUUUAGCCUACUGCCAAUGAAACAGCACGUUAGAGGAGUAUUUGAUAUAAGGCAAGUAUUACGGAAGGAAAAUUACGCAGGGAAUUUUUUAUAUUAUGUGAAACAGUCAGAGGGGACAAUUAAGCUCACAUUUUGAGAAUAACAUUAAUAAACACUAUUAUAAUUUUCCAAAAAUUGCAGUGAAUGGAGCCAACUCAUGGGUAAAAAAAAAUCAAAACUUAACCUCCAGAACAAAGUUGACAGUCAUGUUUGUGGACGGGUCAACACACUGAAAAAGAGUUACCUUUAUUAAACCUCUCUAUUUGACUUAGCCUAAACAGCUAAUUGUGAUAUAGCCUGUGAGUCUUUGUUUGCGAACAGUAGCCUAUCUGCACACAGUGAAUACCAUCAGCACAGAGAAGCAAUAUUUUCACUGCUUAUCUCACUCACUAUUUAAAACCAUUAAAAUCUAAUGACUAGAUAAUUGUUGUGUAUCACUUAAAAAGCCACUCACAUCCAUGUAUAAUAUAUCACUAUGUAGAUUUUGUUUACAGAUGAACCUUAAGCCUUAUUCUAACUUAAAACUCCCGUGAGGGACUUUCAGUUUGUGUCAACUUUGGUGCCCCCUGUGGACAAACCCAUCCCCUGCAUGCUUAAGUGGUGGUCUUAUCUAGCUGACUGUUAAGAGUCAAAUGUAUCAUAAAUUGUGAAUGUUUGAAUUGAAAAUUGUAAAAGUCGGGCUGUUUUUUUAAAGAUACUUGGCUUACACCUGAUCCUUUCAUGUUUGUUUCAAACAUUAUAAAUAAAAUAUAAAAACCAUCAAUUUUGCUUCUAAAAGUCUUGUUUGCUCUUAGAAAUCAUGUAAAGGCACCAGUACAAAUUUCAGUCUAUUUCAUAAAUGAAAAAAAAAAAACUCCACUUGACAAACUUUAAAGGUAAGCUUUCAUUCCUCCAAGAAUGUGACUGAAAUUAUCAAUUUCAGCUACAUCUUCUUUUUCCCAUCACAGGAAAUUGGUUAAGACACACUAAGGCUAUGUUCACACUGCAGGUCAAUUCCGUUUUUUAACCAUAUUUGACACAUAUCAGAUUUUUUCAUGUAAGUGUGAACAGUGCAAUACUGAUUUUGUAAAAUACGACCCAGUCCUCUUUUGUAUGUGGAUAUAAAUUGGAUAUGUAUCUGAUGUGACUGCAGAUGCUCAGGUCGCGUUCACCCAACCUAUACGUCACCAAUAUGCGACAAACGUCACCAUUGUUCGACAACACAAAUUUGUGCUUUGUGCGCAUGCGGGUCACUUCACGGACGCAUUACAUACACAUUAGAUGCUGCAUUUGUUGUUGUAAUGUGCACGACCGCAAAAUUGGAUUUAACAAAAAAAUCUGAAUCGUGCAUCAUAACCUGCAGUAUGAACGUAGCCUAACUGCACAUGUCCCAGACAAAAUCAAGACAGACCACUUUGUCCACUGGGGGCACCAAAACCUAUACACAAACCAAAGGUUCCCUCAUAGGAGCUUUAAAAGGAGAGUCAGGUUUUUAAUUCAAGUUAUAUUGGGAUGAGCUGCCACACAGCUGGUACGGUAAAGAUAUAAAGAUGACAGUGAAGUGAUAUCCAGGGAUGUCACUCUACUUAUGGACCCCAUUAAAAGGUCACAUUUGGCCCCAGCACCACAGCCCAGGCUAACCUACAUACUUAAAACUACACCUCCUGCAAAUGGCCCUUAAAAAACUCAAAAACUUGAGAGGAAGAAUUACAAGACCAAACAUAGAAAAGAGACUCCGUCUUAGACAGCCAAAGUGAUCAAAUUUGAGUCUUUUUUUUUCUCUCAUUUUAUUUCACCCUCAAUAGCAAUAACUUAAAAACAUAAAGUAGACACCAAAAGUAUUUUUUUAUUUAACCUCAUCAGGACCUCUUCUUUUAUUGGGGUCCUGGGUCAGGCCCUCUUCCCCCCUAACAUAACGCCCAUGGUGAUAUCACCUCGAAGGAGAAAGGAGAUAAAAGGACGGAGGGGGUCUUCUUCUUCUUCUGUGGUGUUUUGUGCGUGUGAUAAGGAGUAGGAGGGGUAAAGGAGGAGGGAGAAAAAGGAGGGGGCAAGAGACCCCGUCGCGUUUUGACCCUCUGAAACCUCCCAGCAGCACACCACCAUCACCACUCCUCCUCCUCCUCCCUCUUCUUCUUCUGCCUUCCUCGUGAGACUGAAAACACCAUCGCUCACUCCCACCCGUGACACUCUCCAGCCUGUCGCUUUACGCUGCGCGGACAGCUAGUGCAAGGAGCCUAACAGGAAAGAAGGAAGGAAAGGGAAGGGACGCUUUCUGCUUGUCCUCCCACACCACCGAGCAUCCCGACGGCCGAGAGCCCGAGCGAGAGGAACAUCAGACGGGGGCGAGGCGCUGCAGGGAGCCGCUGCUGCCGUACAGCCGGGUCUGUGGAAGUAGUACGGACAGGGGCCGAGCAGGACUGGAUACGGCGGAUAUUUACAUCUCGGUGGGACAUUUACACCGUUUACUGGAGGCUUGUAUAGUUCUCUCAUCACUAGCCACUACAGCAUUUAAUAGUCUAUAAGCUUUAUUACCGCUAAGUGCAUUAUAAACCAUUAAGCGCACAUCACAAUAGCGUCCAUAAAAUCUCCAGUCUCAUCAUAAUGUGUAACAUAAAACGCGAUGAGCUCGGAGUAAACACACAGAGGCAGCAUGCAGGUCCUCAAUGUUUCCAUGCACAGUCAUGUGUUUUUUUUUUUUUUGUUUGUUUUUUAUGAAUUCUCGCAGACUGAUCUCAGUUACCAUGUUUAUAACUUUCGUGCAAAUGGAAAUAAAGAAUAAAAACAUUACUUUCUUCCUAGGACCCGAGGGGCAGAGGAAGGGAGCAGAGCUCUGGACUAGCCGAGCCGCGCAUCAUCAUCUCCGGUGUAGGACUGGCUGUCGAGUCGCAUGGAGAAGAGGGUAGGUCUGCAGUUUUUUUUCCUCAUAGAUUAUAAGACUGGUGGGAAAACUGCAUGGUGGUAGACUUAAGGAAGAGUAAUGAAGAGCUAAUUAGAAAGAAAGAAAAAAAAAACAGCCUAAUGGAAGCAUGUGGUUGGGAAUCCUCUUUGCAUACUGCUGGGUGUCCGCAGGUUAAGUAGCCAUGCAAAACACAAGGCCAUCUUUACGGACUAGUGGACAGCACUGGCAUGGACUUGUGGGAAAAACAGCAGAGAAAUGAGACGGCUUAAGCGUUACAGCUACAAAGAAAUCAGCUUUAUUCUAAUCUUUUUGCAAUUUAUUAAAUAUUUAUUGCCUUAAAUAUUGAGAAAAAAAAUAACACAACUUAAGAGACCACUUUCAAUUGUUUAUACUCUGGAGGGCGUGAAUAAUCUACAAAGUAGAUUUGAGCAAUCUUCAAACAGAGACAGCCAACUAUGUAAUCCCCUCUUUAGAAUAAUAUGGAUUCCUUGUUGCUGAAUGUCAGUCUGGCGCUGGAAUGGCACAUCAGGGUUAGAGUAGGUCAUUCAGAGGCAGAGGAGAGGAGAUGCAGCUCUUCACCUCGGUAAGUAGGUCAGUUUUUUUGCUACAGUGAUUCAGUGGCAUGGAGAUGGAGGUGGUGGUGGAGGAGGAGGAGGAGGAGGAACAGGCAGAGGCUGACGGGCAGCAGGCGGACUAAGACCUCAGAGUGAAAAAGGGCAUUUAGAGAUGUAAAUUGUGCAGACAGAAAAUCACUGCUGGGUGGACGUCUUUGAACACGCGUGUAGUAAUAAAUACACUGAGCUGACCACAUCAGCUGCGUAAAAACUGCGUUUGAAUAAAGACAUUCAAAGUUUAGGCAGCGCUUUCUUUUGUUUGUUUAGUACCUUUUCUGUAUUUUUUAAAAGUGUUUUGUGCAGUUAUGGGUUAUUAGUGGAAGGAGCAGAAAUAAACCAUAAUGGGUCAAAACUGAUUUAUGUUCCUUCGAGCCAAACACGUUUUUAAGUUUAUGUCAUUUGUUAGUGUCACUUAUAUAUGACAUUUGAUUCGACUUUUUGAAGUUUCUAUUUUUCAUAAAAAUAACAAAAAUAAGGACUCAUUUACAAAGAUGUUAUGAAUUUUUAGAAAAAUAUAAUUACUGCAAAAAUGUCAUUUUACACUCAAGUUUCAGCGCUUACGCACGGUGAAAAAUACGUGCUCUCUUGAGUUUUUACGCGUGAAAUUAUGGAGAAACAUUGUUUUUAAAUGACAACAUUUAUUCCAAAUUAAAUAUAGACCGUCAAGUUGCGCUUGCAAUUGUUUUUGGAGGUGAUUCACAAAUGAGGCUAAAUGGGGAUCAUCUAAAGAAAAGCUACCUUACAUAUGAAAAUGAUUUCCGCCUGCAUUCGCCUGUAAAGUUGUCUUAGUUAUUAGUAAGUGUUUCAGGUCAGUAUAAACCUUCUAAAUCUGAUCUUUAUGAUGUUAUUUAUGUAAAUUGAUAUGUUAUUUUGCUCUGAGAUUUGUCCUCCAUGUAAAAACAACUUUUACGCGCCUGUGAGGCCUUGUUAAAAUAAUAACACUAACUUGUAACGAAAAUGUUGUCUUGCCAUCUGAGGCCUGGUUGCUAGCUCCGUGACUUUUCAAAAAGGGGAAAUUCGCGGAAUUUGUCAUCUCGACUUGUGCGCUUUGAUCCGCUUGACGCACAGAAACCGGAUAGGGGCCGUGCGUAAAGAGAGACGCGCAAUCCGAUAGCGGUGAUUGUGUUAAUAGCCGGCCUCCAUAAAAACUAGAAGGUGUUCCAGACUAGGGCCUCAGAGCAGGUGCUUUUUGUGAUCCCGAUGACCAUAUGGGGCUCUGCAAUGCAACAAUUUGAUAAGCCAUUUAGGACAGUGGUUCCCAAAGAGUGGUCCAGGGACCUCCAGAGGUACUGUGGAGAGGGCAGUGCCUGCAAAUAUAGAAUUCAAGUCCCCCCUUUUCAUAUUCCAAGUUAAUGUUGAAGUUAUAUUUCAUUUAAUUUGACUUCAUGCUGUGUUUAUUUGCUGUUGUCUUAAAAAUUGAGGUAAGGGAAAUUCCUGUAGGACUGCAGCAUCAGAAGUGAUCUCAAAUUUGACUUUUCUGGCAGACAGAGGUUUAAAAAGUGCAGAAAAUGAGUCAAAACAAAAGUUUAUUCUGUGCAAACCUGACAGAAAAAAUAAAAAGGAUCCAUGCCUGUGUCCCCAGUUAUAUUCUUCUGGUAUAUCUUAACUUCUUGUGGUGGCCCACCCUCAGAAAAGUCUCCACAGAAAUACUAAGUUAAGCAGAUCUUAACUAUUACAGCCUGUUUAAAAUAAAACAGAAGUGAAAGGUGUCCUGGGCUGGGCCACCUAGCAGGUACAGUCUCUCUGUGAUCCUGGUGGCCCGGUGCCGUGAGUCCCUUUAAUCCAACAGAAAGACAAACAGAGGCAGAUAUGCUGACAUGCAGAGACAGAAGCUGCAGAGAGGAACAAAUGAGCUCAGUAACACAGAGAACGAGACGGGGAAACAGGGGAGUCACACAUGUAUAUUCAUGAUGCUGUGUGUGUGUGUGUGUGCGUGCGUAAGCUGCUGUCUCUGGGUGUAUGUGUGCGUGUGUGAGCGUGCCAUAUGUGUGUCUGAUUCAGUGUGAAGCAAAGUGUGUGAGCGGGCCCCUGUGAGGCUGUCACAGCGGGUCGUGAGGGAUGCCUCAGCACGGCUCCUGUCUCGUCUGUGUUUAGGAGGGAGGAGGAAAUAUUAGCGGGCUCACUGUCUUUCCCUCAGAGGAUCUCCUUUUUUUCUUCUUCCUAGCCUUCUUUUCAAACCCCCCUCCAAACAAAACUGAUUAAGCUCCACAUGCUCUGCCCUUUUGAGGUUAAACAAGUGCAUUUGAAAGUCUAUAAAAUCAGAGAGAGGUUAAAUUUGCAGCCACAUUUUUAAGGUUUUAUUAUGAAAGAAGCAAGUGAGCCCUUAAUGUACAGAACUAACUCACACAUUGAAAUCACUGCCGAGCAAGUUCUUUCAAUUUUGCAGAGGUGUUUGUUUUGUAUGCAGUGUUUAGAGAGGUUUUCCACGAUGAACCGCCUGUCACAAGACUCUUAAUGGCACCUGCACAUAUAUAAUGAAAGAGCUGAUUAUUGGUGUGGUGGAAAACUGAUCAGCACAAUUUACAUAAAGAAGCCAUUUUUGAAACAAAAAUGCUCAGAUUUUACCUGCUGCACCCCCUUGAUUGAAAAUAUUUGUUUUGAUAAGCACUGUGUGGUACUUGACUAUUGGAUACGAAAAGCAAGAAAAAAUGAUCAAAGCUAUAUUCAACUAUUAUUUGAGUAAAAAGUAAAAAAAAACUAUAUUAUUUUUCCUGAUAGUUGUAUCGUUUCUUAGGUGUUAGAUGCUUGUCAUUUAUUUCUCAAGUCCAAAAGUGAUGUCUUAAAAUUCCUCCUAUUUUUAUAUUAGCUUUAAAGAUGACCAGAGAUUUCAUUUUCACAGCAAAAACUUAAAUUGGUCACGGUGUAUGUGUCCAUUUCUAGUCAGAUUAUCUCUAUACACUUAGAGAAACCACACUUCCACAUCUACUUCAAGUUGAGGAGGAGAGGAGAGUUAAAAUUGAAUGCAAACUGGACAGUGUCUUACUUGGAAUAAUAUAGUUAUUUCAGCAACAUAUUGUUCACAGACCCUCAUCAGACCCUCACUAGAUCUCUUUUGUUACUUUUAUGGAUGAAAUGGUGUUAUUGAUGAGCAACUUUAGUCACUUUUCUUUUGCAGCCUUUGGAAAGCUUCAGUGUCUGUUUAUUGAUUUUGUUCAUCUUCAUUUUUGUAGCUGUAUGCUAUGAGUAUUGUUUGGUAGGAAGCUGAGGUUUGAUAUGAUGAUGUUGCAGGUGUGCAGCACCUUCCCUUUUAGGAUGGCCCCUUUCAAAAUGUUUACCUGAUGACAACUUAGGAACGGCAAAUUGCAGAUGAAAAAAAUAUUUUUGCAGGUUGUUGCAAAAGUUUGGCAAAGUUGGUUGUAUUGGAUUAAAAUGGGGACUAAUGCAGUGCGUUAAACUUCCUGAUAGUCUCUUGGAAAAAAUGUCACAAAAUUUUGUCUGCUGCAUUAGUGAAGCAAAAACAGGGACUGAGUGAACAUUUUCACUCAGUCCUUGCAUUUGGCUCAUAUGAGAUUUGAAGCUGGAUUUGUCAGGUCAGUGUGGAUUGUGUUAAACCUGAUUAGAUAUUCUGACAAGUAACAGGACAAAAACACUCUGUAAGGUUUGAGUUUUUGCAGUGUAAAUUAGGUUUUAUAGAUCGAUUCGGGUUUCUUCUAACUUUUUAUGAAUUACGAAAGUGUAUAAUUUGAGACCAUUCUUCACUGGCAUGAGUCAAAAAAAUCUUUUUGCAAUUUUUGCAGAAUAAAACUGAAAACAAAGCAGCAAAUCUUCAAAUUGAAUCAGCCAGAACCAGCAAAUAUUUGACCUUUUUGAUUGAAUAAUGACAAAAGUGAUUUGUCGAAUUUUUCCGGUUGAUUUUCUGUUCAUGUGUGGCAUGACUAAACAGUGAAUAGGUGAGUUUUUAGCUCUAAACUGAAUUUGGGAGUUUUUAUUGAAUCAUUAAAAAAUAACAUUCAACAAUUCCUGCAGCAAAAAUCCACAAACAUCCAAUAUUAGGAUCAUAACAGGAUCUGCAGUUCACAUGCAAACACUUAUGUUUGAAUUGCAGACCCACGGCAGCAGAUCUUACCGACUGUGGGUCAGUAAUGUGUGUCUGUGACGCCCCCUGACAGCUCAGCUUCAUAAUAAAAUCACCCCAAGAUUUGAUGUCACACAGGCACAGAUGUCCGACGUGUCUCACAUUUACUGUCUUUCAAUCUAAUUGUGUUUCAGUAUGAAGAGCUGGUGCACUACUCAGGGUCGGAGGCCAUGUCGGUGGGGGGGUACGGGGACGAUGUCAGGCCGUUUCCUCCCCCACAGUACGGACCCGCCAUCCCAGACUCCCUGAAACACCACAAAGACCAGAUCUAUGGGUAAGAGAGUGUGUGUUUGAAACCUGAGAUGUGAUUUAUGUGUCUGUCUGUUGAAGGCUGAAAACAGUUAAAAUUACAUCUGAUCUUUUCACACAUUAACAUACAGUUUGUGUUUUUAUUCUGAGAAAAACUCAUGACGUGUUUACAGCUGUCUGUGAGCUCUAAAGUUUCUGUCUCUGAAUGUACCGUGUGUACACUUUGUCAACUGUUACUGUGUUUAUGUCAAGUAUGUUAACCGUACAUAUAUGUGUCUGUGUGUGUGUGUGUGUGUGUGUGUGUGUGUGUGUGUGUGUGUGUGUGUGUGUGCAGUCACCCUCUGUUUCCACUGCUGGCCUUAGUGUUUGAAAAGUGCGAGCUCGCCACCUGCUCCCCUCGUGACUCCACCUCCCACUCAGCCGCCUCCCACCUCCCCGGCAUGACCAACCACAGCGACGUCUGCUCCUCAGAGUCUUUUAACGAUGACAUCGCCGCCUUUGCAAAACAGGUGAGUGACAGCCGAGGAGAGCCAAUCAGAGAGCAGGAGACAGACUAAGUUUUCAUAUCUUUAAAUGAUUUGUUUUUAUGUCACAGAUUCGAUCAGAGAAACCCAUCUUCUCUUCAAAUCCUGAGCUGGAUAACUUGGUAUGACACACACUGACAUCAUGCAGUGUUUUCACACAUGCAUUGUGGGAUAUGUAGUUGUUUGUUGGUAUUUACAUUGGAUACCUCUCUCCACAGAUGAUCCAGGCUAUACAGGUGCUCCGUUUUCAUUUGCUGGAGUUAGAAAAGGUAAGCAGGGACAAAAGGCAUGCUUUCAUGUCGCACUUGUUUUUAACUUGAUGCAUGAGAUUGUGCUUUAAAAUUGUGUUAUAUUCACUAAAGAGAUGAUUACAGUUUGCAAAAAGUGCCAAAUGCACAUGGAUUUGUUUUUGUUUGUUUAAAAAAACAUUGAAAAGUGCUUUUCCAGCGGUUGACAGUUUGAACUCAUGGAUGUGGUUCUGUUUCUGCAGGUACACGAUCUGUGCGAUAACUUCUGCCAUCGCUACAUCACCUGUCUGAAGGGAAAAAUGCCCACAGACCUCAUUCUGGAUGAGAGGGAGGGUGGCUCCAAGUCUGACAUGGAAGACUUCACCGGAUCCUGCUCCAGUCUGUCCGAGCAGGUAAGGCCAGCUGCCAAACAGUGAGCAGUAACACCACAAGAGAGGCUCCACAAUUUAUCCGUGCAGCUGCGCCCGCUGGAUGUCUGAAUAAUGACUGUGUGUUUCAUGACUCAGUGUUCGCUCACCUGCUGGAAAUCCCCUAUCCUCCCAUCGCUCUGCCUCACACUCACACCUCCCCUCUGUCUCUCCACCUCUGCAGAAUGCAUCGUGGUUACGAGAGCCAGAUGAAUGCGCCACUACUCCUCUGGGGACACCGGGCACCUGUGGCCUGCCUUCUCUCAGCACAGCAGACAACUGUAGUGACACAGGUACACAAAAACACACAUCAACACUCAGUAAAAAUACCAUGCAUAUGAGCAAACACUGUACUGUGCAGCAAAGAAUCAUCUCUUGGGUCAAAAAACAAUCUUUUUGCAAUCCUAACAUAUAAACUGUAAAUGCUGCCUGAUAUGUUCUUUGCUGCGGCUCUCCCUGCUGUAAGCUUUUGCGUUGCAUUUUGCACACUAGGAAAGGCAAGGAGCUCUCAGUUAAAUAUUACUUAUUGUUUGUAAAUAAAUAUUUUUCUUCCAAUAAAGCAGUUCUGACUAAAAUGUGGUUAUUGGUGCAACACUUUAGUACCUGACCAAAAUCAGUAAAACGUACUAACUUAUAAAUGUUAACAGACUCGCUCCUUUCUUGCACACUCCUUCAUAGGAAUAUGCAGAAUAUUUUCACUAUACUUUUAAUCGUAGUCUACAUUUUGCCAAUUGUAAUAAAUGCAAAUGUAUGUACACUGUUGGUCUAUGACAGGAGAUUUUAUUCAAUGAGUCGUGUAAAGUCCCUUAACCAGGAGAGAGUUUGAAAGUGACUGCCUAAGGUUUUUUUUGUUCUAUAAAGCUGCAUUUGUGUGCCACCAUUACUGUUCUCAGUAAUACACAUAAGAUAAAUAACACACAUAUACAUAUGUUUUAUAUGAAAAAAAAAGAUAAAACAUGAAUUGUUUGAAAUGACAACAGUGGCCUUGAAAUGAUAUGUAAUCUCAUUGUUGUACAUUUAUUGUGCCUCAUCUGUAAUAAUAAUGCACUCCGUAUUAACAUGGUGCAACACACACACACACACACACACACACACACACACACACACACACACACACACACACACACACACACACACACACACACACACACACAGUUAACUCUUGACCUGCUCCAAACAUAAAGCAUGACGAGACUUAGUGCUCAAUAAACAAAAACCCACUUGUUAUAACAUCACAUAAAAGUGGGCUAACUCUGAAAAGCUGGUUAUUAAGAGCAGUGAAUUCAAUCAUUUUCUUUAUUAUCUCCUCUGCCUUGGUGUAAUUGCUGCUAUAUUUUUUAACUUUAUUAGAUGACCAGUGUAGAUGCUGCUGACAAGUUUUUGCUGUUGCGCACAUGCUUUUCAGAAACUCUUGGUAAAGUCCAGGAUGACGGUUCUUUAUCUUGCUUUAAAAGGAUUGCAAAUAUCUCUAUUUGCUGUUAGUUACUUAUUCUGACAUGUAGAUGCUUUUGUUGCAGCGCAUGAGCUGUCACUGCAUGCACAUAAUUGAUGCAUCAGCACAUAUCUACAGAAUCUUCAUACUGACAGUGAACUUUAAGCAUUUAUCUGCAGAUUAUAUUAAGCCAGUGCCCAUGGCACUACAGUUGUUUUGUAGCAAAUUUGAUCAUAAUUAUACAACUUUGAGAUAUGCUUUGUGCGCUCUGACAGGCGACGGUCUAGAUGGAGCGAUGGCCUCCCCUAGCACCGGAGAGGAAGACGAUUCAGACAGAGACCGAAGGAACAACAAGAAAAGAGGGAUUUUCCCCAAAGUGGCCACGAACAUCAUGCGAGCGUGGCUCUUCCAGCAUCUUUCGGUGAGAACGCCUUUUCAUGUUCUUAUCACAACAGAGGUAAACGGUGAAACAUUAAAUUAGGACAACAAUUAAAACCAUCCUGCAGAGCUUUAACAAGACAAAGAGAGCCUGUGUAUAUCUGCGUGAGAGAAUAAUUACUGACAGAGAGGAUUUAACGUGAGGCAAGAAUAGAUAGAGAGGGGAACGGGGUGUAUAAUGGAGGUCAAUUAAAUUAAAUGAAAAAUCGGGGGAUUAAGUGAUUAUGUGAGUAUGCUCGCCAUUGAAUAACUACGAAUGUGAUAGAAAUGGAGGGAGUAAUUGUUGCUGAGGUAAUUAGCUACUAAAUGAGGCAGGUCAAAUGUUGCUUCACUCCAAUUAUUGCAGAGAAAUACGGAUAGAGAGUGAAGGGUUGCUGGGGUUGAAAAUGUAAGUGCAGAUGUGAAUUCAGAUGGAAGGUCAUCAGUAUUCACUCUGAGAUUUCUCUUACACACAAUGUUUCAUUGUAGCCUCAAGCUGAAUUUACAUUAUUCUCUCUUUGUAGCCAGCUGAUAUUUUCGCUUGUUAACUCACACAGACUUACUCUCAAUUUGAUUUAAUAACCCUGGUUCUGUAUGUCCUCUCCAAGCACCCUUACCCGUCCGAGGAGCAGAAGAAGCAGCUGUCACAGGACACCGGGCUGACCAUCCUACAGGUCAACAACUGGUCAGUGCGCUCGCAAUCAAUACACUAAUUCCUGACCUGCAGCUCAUCAAUAAUCAGUUAAACUGUCUUGUUUAAAUGCAACACGCCAACUUUCAAUUUAACAACAUGCCUGCUGCCUCGUCAAUAACACAUCGGCGUAAUAGACUGCUGCAGAAAUGAACAGCAUCUAUAUUUCACAACUCUUUGGGGCUAAGAAUAUUUUUAUGGUGCAUAUUUCUGCAGAUAAAUGUCACUUAGAUGGUAAGACGCACCUUUACAGGACUUUAAGGGAAGACUAUUAUCUCCUUUAUUUGCAAGAAGCUUGUAACAGAGGACGAUAUGUCCAGCUAAGCACUUUUCUCAAGUUGCAGCACUCUACAACUGACUCUCUCAAAGUUCAUAAAACUGAAUUACUAAUCCAUACCCAAUAAUCAGAGGAUUAACAGCACCUAGUUUCCCCAGGACACAUGUUGCUGAUCAGCUAGAUUUUCAUAUUUGCACUUAAGACAAACCUAACCAAAAUAUGAAGUGUGCGCAGCGUGUUGAUAUGAAGUUUUAAGCCCAGGAAAGCCUCACUGAGGAGUUACAGAUAUACUGCAUACAGUAAUUACAAACACAGGUUCAAAAGUUAAAGGUCAAAAUGGUCAUCUUCUAACAAGUCCAGUCUGCUUUAAAAACCUGUCAAAGGGUCUGAUUCUCUCUGAAGAGAGGAAGGUUGUAGUUGUUUUGCAUGAAAGAAUUCGCAGAGGUCAAUGUUUUUGAUGGCGAAAACUUGACAAAUGGAGGAUCUGGCUUGUUGUGCAUCACUGGAGCUUCUUUUCCUCUAAGGCCACAGUCAGUUUACCAACGUGGGGUUGAGCAAAGGAGCUAUGGAAUCUAAAAAGACAUCUCUCAACACAAAUUCUUUUAUGCACAAAAACCUAUUUCCUCUGCUGCUUGUUAUGUUAGUACUUCUUCCAUUCAGCACUCCAUAGACGUGUUUAUUUUUGGCUUUAAGUUUGUCACGAAAUUUCUUUAGGGACAUUUUUACAAACGAAAGAUCGACCUCUAUUUUAAAAAUACUUCUUAUUUCUUUUGCAGUCUCUUACCAAUAAGGAUAGAUUAAAGACAGCCCCAAAUACAUGAUAACAAUCUGUCAGAGAUUGACCUCACUUCUCCCAGUGUUCAUCCUGUCCUCGUAAACCCUGCUGGUUAAAUUUCAAUUUUAUGGUCAGAAAUUUCUCACUGUGUUCUUCAGCAGGGUUCAUAGAGGGACACUGAAUUCAUAGUCCUGGCCUGCCUUCCCCGAAAAUCACACCAGCCAUCCUCAGAUAUCUCCAGGCCUGAUUCUUUCUUUCUCCUAUUUCUGACUUGACACGAUUUAAACGCACUUUAUAUUCCAACUGGACCAAGACUGUUCUGAUUAAAGCUGCUUAAUCCCACAAACUGCUCUCAUAAGAGAUCAAGAAUCAUCAAGUAAAACUGAAAAGUAUUAAUAAGAGGAAGCAGACACAUCGCCCUGAGAUGUAACAGUAUGUUAAACAAUAGAUUUGGUAACUUGAUAACUUCCAUGUUUUUAUGUGAGUCCCAACAGCACACACACACACACACACACACACACACACAGUGACCCGAUCAAUGAAGAUCAAUCAAUUAUCACAGAGCGAUCAAUACCUGCUCUGCCCUAACGUUGAUUUACUCUGGCCUCUGAAAGGGUUAAGUGGUUGUAAAAUGGAAAAAGGUUAAUAGUCUCCUGGUCAGCCUUUUUCUCCAUUAAAGGUCAGCUUCCACCAUCUUUCUCUCUCUCUCUCUCUCUCUCUCUCUUUCUCUCUUUCUCUCUCUCUCUCUCUUUCUCUUUCUCUAAUCUCACUCUCUCUCUCCCCUCUGCAGGUUCAUCAACGCUCGGAGGAGAAUAGUUCAGCCCAUGAUCGACCAGUCCAAUCGCUCAGGUCGGUGGUUACUCGUCAGUCAGCUGGAGGGUCUCUGUGUAAACAACACUGUGUUUAUGAGAGUGUGUGUUUAUGUCUGACGGUGUGUAUGUGUGUGUUGUCUCACAGGUCAGGGUGGUCCCUACAGCCCAGAGGGGGCGGCACUUGGAGGUUACGGGCUGGAUGGACAAGCUCACCUCGGGCUCAGAACAGCAGGUAUGGUAGCCUGUAGAGUUCACUUUCACAAACUGAGAAGUGAAAGUCAAAAAUUCUCAACUUCUACUGCUGAAGAAAAGACAAAACCAAAUUAAAUCUUAAUUGAUUCAGUGAGUUAAUUAUUUAUGUAGCUGAAACUAAUCAGUCUCGUACCAGGCUUUAAAAAACAGCCAUGAGUCUCACCGUGGCUCUAUUUUUUCUCCCAAAAAAAUAACUGUUAAUGAACAACCCAAACAGUUUGUAUUUUAUCCACUCUCAUGAUGACACAGUGUCUCUGUGUAAGACAUUAAUUGAUCAAAAUCCAUCCAAAAUCCAUCAUCCAACUUUAGGAAAUCUAAUGUCGUGUACUAAAAUAAGUGACUAUUAACUAUUAAAGGAAAUUAGAUUAUGCUCAUAAUGCAAAAAAUUAAAGGAAAUUAAGUGAAACAAACUCGGCUCUAAGUGUUUUAACAAAGCUAUUUCCAUGCACACAGCUCAGAGUGAUUCACAAAACUUCAACAGAUGAAAUAAAAAAAGACCAAAUCAAGAAAAAAGGUGGAAAAAUACUCAUAACUGAGUAAAACUAAUCUAAGACAAUAAAAUAUUCAUGUAAGCUUGAAUUAAACAAAUUAAAAUCAGUAAAAGUUGAUAAAAACAAAGUAAAAGUCAGAAGGCUGGUUGUUGAAGCCCUGAUGAAAAUGCAGGCGGCAGUUCAGGGAUAACUUUGAAAAAAGUUGAUCUUUAUUUAUGAAGACAGAGAGCUCCAUGUCAUGAUAUCCAGGGGCAGUGAAGAGAAAUAAAAGAUAAACAGGCUUUAAAUCAGCUGUUAGGUUUGUUUCUUACUGAAUACUUCUUCUGUUCUCGAAAGCCAUAUUCAUUUAACACGAGGCUCAUCCUCCAGAAGACCAGAAGAGACUCAUUGAGUCUGAAUUCCCCAAACACAAGAUGAAAGUGAAGCAGUAAAAGUUUAUCUAACUCCACUACAGUCAUAAAUGCGUCAGGCUAAACACCUACAAGCAAGUGAGACCAGCUCUCCAAGUGUCAGUGUUUGUAUUCACAAAGCUGCUUUUUACGAUUUUUAGAGAGAUGAAUGUGAGGGAAAAUUCUCAGAAUCAUGAGGUUUGAAAAGAGUUUCACCUCAAAGUUCAGACUAAAUAAAGAAGUUUUUCACAAAGCUUCUUCUCACUGGAGAGAGCUCCUGACAGAAGAGGUGAGAAGGACUCUGUUGGAGAGGGGGGGAAGUAGAAACAAAGCAGAAGGACAGAGGAAAAGUUCUCCAGGCACAGACACGACAGCCCCUCCCUGACAAAAGUUAGGACCUCGAUGAAAGAACACAUUUUCCCUCAGCUCAUCCCUAAUCCACUCUGUGUUUCCCCCACCAGGUCUGCAGGGGAUGUCUUCUCUGCAGGGUGACUACCCCGGCGCCCUCCUCUCCCAACCAGGCUACCCUCCCCACCCUGGACCCUCCCUUCACCCCUACCCGGGAGCACACCCCCACCCCGCCAUGCUGCUCCACCCACCACCACACGCACACUCUGCAGAGCCGCUCCUCGCCCAGGGACUGGACAUACAUGCACACUAGCUGAGGGGGAAGUCAGGAUGUGUGUGCGGGGAAAAAAACUGUGUGAAUGUGUGUAAAUGAGUGUGUGUGUGUGUGUGUGUGCAUGUGUGUGUGUGUAUUGAUGCAUACAGAACACUAUUUAAAGUAAAAAGACACACUGCUCUGAAGGUUUACAUUCCCCACUUAAAGACACUGACCUCAAUGUAGCUGUUUCACUUGCUUACACGCACACACACACACACACAGACAUAAACACUCCCCCCCUACACACACACACGCGCUCACACACUCACAGUCUGGACCCACAGGUUUAAGCCAUACCUCUGAGUAGAAGUGCUUCCUCCUCUCCAAAUAUCUCCACUGUGUCCUGUGGGUGAGACACAUGCUUUAAACUACACUUCCCAUCAUGCCUGCUGAACUGCGGGGAGACGGUCCACCAGACUGCAGAGACAGAGAGAUAUUUAUCCCUGAACUUUGCAGCAGCACACGGACAUUACUGGACGAGACCUGAUCCUGUGAACACGCCUUCCUCACUACUCCUCGUCUUCCUCCACGUGAUGGCUGUUGAAGGAAAACACACACACACACCUUCUCACACACUUUAUUUAAAGCUGAUUUUUUGAGUUUUUCUUAUUCUAUUUUUAUAUUUAUGUGUGCCACUCCAGGCUGAUGCAGCUUCACCUGAGCUUGUUGAAAUAUUAGUGCUCUUCCUCAGCAUGAAGCUAAACACUAUGAAUGACUUCCAGUCUGCCUCGCUCUCGUACCACUGACCUCCUUAAGACGCCGACAGGUGUCAGUUACCUUAGAUCCUUCCUACACACACAUAAAACACACAUACCAAGCAACACACAUCACACUGACAGACAUUUACACACACACGCACACACACACACACACACACACACACACACACACACACACACACACACACACACACACACAGUCUUCUGUAAGCAUUUCUAGAACAUUUCUUGUCUGCAACAGCGCUGUGUGAGGGAAGCUGCAGCCAAAGGACUCUUUAAACAUUCGGCUCCCUCUCCAUGCUGCUCAGACCGCUGAAACGUUUCUGAAUGAUGUUUGAAAAUACCAUAAAGUAUUAAAAAUGUUUUUUUUAUAA